GUUGUGCUUAACACUAUGUCAAGGAUAUUAAGGCUUGGCUUCGCAACUGUGGCCUGGUUGCUUGUGAUCCUGUUCACUGGCCAACUGGCUGCAGCUCUCAAUCAAACUGAGCCUCAAGCCGCGAAUAGCUCGGAUCCAAUCAAGGCCUUGGCCUCUACAGCGCAGCUGGGAGACUUUGCAGCACAUCGAUUCACCAGCCGCAACAACAUUACCAUCUUGCAUGAGGUGGUUGACGAGGAGGAAGAGCCUCCUUUAACGCUUAACACUCACGAGGUGCUGCCACAGAAGCCGCUGAAGAAGAAGCCUUAUCUGCCGCUGGACAAACUGCUGCCCACCAUUGAGUAUGUGAAGCCUCACACGCUUAAGGACUACGAACUGCAUCCGGUUACAUUUGAUUUUAACUUGGGCGACCUGGAGGAUCUGGAGCAUGAGGUGAUCAAAAAGGGUGACCUCAGCAGCGAGGAGCAGCAUGUUCUCAGCAAUGGGAAUGUACCCGAGCUGAGCUACAAGCCCACAAAUCCCGAUGACAACGACACUGUUGAUGUGGACAUUUCAGCGCUGCCCGACUCUGACUUUCAGCCAACCACAACAGCUGCCACAGCCACAACAACCACAGCAGCAACAACAACAACAGCGACAACAACCACAACCAGCAGCACCACCACAACAACAACCACAACCAGCAGCACACACAUACUGAAAAUUUUGAAGAACAAGCCCUCCACCAAGAAGGGACGAGAGCUGCUUAAGCAGAGCGACGACGAACUGCAGCUGAAGACUCUGGGCAGCACCAUCAAUAGCAUCAGCCACUACCUGAGCAGCAAUGGCACGGGGAAUUCGAACAGCAGCACCAUUGCUGAGAGUCUGUAUGGGUCAGCCAACUACUUUCAGAUCGUGACCAAUCUGUACGAUCACUUCUACUGGCAAAUCUCCGAGAUACGAACCAGCGUUCGCACCGGCUGCGGCCUCGAGAUGCAGGCCUACCUAACCGGACUGCACUCCAGCUACGAGUGGGCACAGAAAGCAUACGAUGCCUCGGGACGCUAUCGCGGCCAGCUGCUGUUUGGCAAUGACAAGUGGCUGGGACAGCUCACAUUCUGUCUGGAGCUAAACAGGCAGAUCUCUGGGAGCGGGGAACGAAAGCACUUUGAGCUGGAGUUCUAUGUGGCAGAUAUUUCGCUGCAAAUGCCACGCCUCAAUCGGACACAGUUGCUCAGCCUGGGCGAGUGCCUCCCCAAGUCCUGCUCGGCACACGAUGUACAGUCGAUACUCUCGCUGGAUCCCUAUGCGCGGAUGCUGACCAUGCUAGGAGCGCACAAUGCCAGCGUUCAGCAGCCGGCACUGCAGGUGCUGCGCGUGCGCACCGUACCUGGACUUUACAGCCAUUGGCGACAGCUCAAGUUCCAGGUGUUCAUAAGCUUUCUGCUUACCCUACUGCUGGUAAUGAUCGUGGCCACCUACUACCAGAUACGCAUCGAUGAGCGUCGCCUGAUUGCGGCGCCGAUACCGGCGAUCAGCGCCAAAUGUGAGGCCGCCAACAAGGGCGGCGACUACGAAACUGCCUACUACGGCAAGCCCUUCGAGCUCUUCCAGAUGCGCCCGCUAAGCAGCAACGGGAUUGUGGCCACAGAAACGACGCUGGACGCGCACAUCGAUAUGAAUAGCAAUCGGCAACGCCCUCUGGAUGCAGCUGCCAAUUCAGCGGAGACCAUGCACGGCGAAGGCACAGCCUCCACGUCAGUGGGCGUGGCCGGCAAGCAGGCGGAAAAGCAUGAGAUGACAGACUACCAGGUGGAAACGGGCAGCUGUGCAGGCGUGGCGGGCACCUACGAAGCCGAACAGCCCAUUGCUCUGCAUCAGCAGCUGUUGCUGUGCUUUGCACUGCAAACGAAUGCCAAGGCCAUACUGAACAUAAACAAGACCAAGGAGACACACACGUCCUGUUUGCAUGGUCUGCGCGUCUUCUCGGUACUCUGGACGAUGAUGGUGCACACGUAUUUGCAAAUGUUUGCGAUAGGCGAGAAUAAGUUCGAGCGCGUUAUCACGGAACGUUCGUUUUGGUAUCAGAUCAUUGGCAAUGCAACCUUCUCCGUGGACUCGUUCUUCUUUAUCAGCGGCCUCUUGGUCACCUUGCUCUAUGUGAAGCAGGAGCGCAAGCCUUUGGCUCCGUCAAGCAGCUUCUUCAAGCGCAGCUUCGUGGAUACUAUGAUGAUGUUCUUGUAUCGCUAUCUGCGCCUUACGCCCGUCUACCUCUUCGUGGUGUUGUUUAAUGACUUUGCCGUCCGUCAGGGUCUUGACUCGUCCGUCUUCCAACCGGCUAAGAUCGAGCACAACACCUGCCGCGUCUUUUGGUGGCGCAAUAUAUUGUACAUCAACAACUUCUUUCCACAGCACGAGAUGUGCAUGAUGUGGAGCUGGUACAUGGCCAAUGAUAUGCAGUUCUAUCUCAUGGCCUGCCUAUUGCUGGCGCUUUCCAGAAAAUACUUCAAGGCUGUGGCAGUGACGCUGGUUGUCUUUCUGGUCAGCUCGUGGAGCAUUGCGGGCAUUAUUUCAUUGCAGCAUCAAUAUACCCACAAGGUGGCGCUGCCCUUUGAGUCCUUUGACUUUCUCUACGACAAGCCUUGGCAGCGUGUGGGAGCCUUUAUAGUGGGCAUGUUCACCGGCUAUGUGCUGUAUAAGGUAAAGACGCCACCGCAAAUCUCUCGGCGCCUUAAUCUUAUUCUCUGGGCCUGCAGUCUGGGCGUUCUAUUUCUGGUCAUCUUUGGCGUUUGGCCAGGUGAAUUGAGCGCAGUAAAUACCGCCUUCUAUGUGGGCGUUGGACACACUGCCUUUGCGUGUGGCCUCAUCUGGAUAGUGCUCUCCUGUUGCUGGGGACUUUCGCCCACCGUCAAUGCGAUACUCUCCUAUCGCGUGCUCUGGCCGCUGUCGCGUCUCACCUACUGCGCCUACCUGAUCCAUCCGAUUAUCAUGUUCAUCUGCUCAUCUCAUAUGAGCGGCACCGUUCAUCUCAACAAUCCCAUGAUAUUGACCACGUUUCUGGGCAAUGCCGUUGUCUCUUUCGGAUCGUCCUUUGUUAUGUCCGCAUUAUUCGAGGCGCCAGUCAUACGCAUACUCAAGAUCUGCUUCAAGAAGUGAACCCUAGCGCAC